AUGUCGCCGUUCGUGAAGUCUUAUCUCUUUGCUUACAACUUUCUCCAAGCUUCCGCAUGGACGAUUUCGCUUCUGAGUAUCGUGAGCAGCUUCUUAUCGCAUAAGACAAUCAAUGGCGCUUACGCUUCUGCUGGAUACUUGAUAAGUGUGAUGCAAACUGCUGCUGUUCUUGAAGUUGUUCAUGGAGCUAUAGGAAUUGUCCCGAGUGGAUUCUUGUCUCCGCUGAUGCAAUGGAGUGGAAGAACCCACUUCGUGUUGGCAAUUGUUGGACAGAUCAAUGAGGUCCAGGAUUCGCCAUGGUUGUCAAUAACACUUGUAGCUUGGUGUCUCGGUGAGAUGAUAAGAUAUCCUCACUAUGCUUCAUCUUGCCUCGGUAGAUGUCCUUACUGGCUAACCUAUCUCAGGUACACAGGUUUCAUCGUGAUCUAUCCAACGGGGCUUAUGGGUGAAUUGUUGAUCAUGUACAAAGCGCUUCCACAUGUUAAAGAAAGGAACCUUUACGCAAAUUUCUUCGCUGUUUUCCCCUUCAGUUACUACGAGUUCCUUUGGGCCAUCCUCUUAGUCUACCCGUUCCUUUGGUUGAAGCUUUAUCUUCAGCUGUUCAAGCAAAGAAAGUCCAAGCUCGGAAAAUCAGAGAAGCAUCACGGCAAGAGAAAGAGAAUGUGA